AUGGUCUUCCAGGUCCGCUGGAGUGGCCAGAUCGAGCUACGGAACAAGCGCGCUCGUGAAGAAGUCGCAAAGCAAUACUAUAAUGCUGUUGCAAACGUUCGUGCGAUCCGUGCUAUGGCUCUGGAGAGCGUGUUCAGGGCCCAGUUUGAGAGGAGCCUAGGAACAGCGAUGCGGACGGGUGUACAGGGUGCUUUUAUUACGGGCUGUGGGUUUGGAAUUGUGAAUGCGUUGAUUUACGUCGCCGAGGCUGCACUGUUUUACGUCGGCGCUGUGUUGAUGGCUCACGAAGGCUACUCGUAUCUGAAGAUGCUCCAGGCCUUGAAUCUUGUUGUGUUCUCGGUGACAAUUGCUGCCCAACUACUAUCUUUCAUUCCUUACCUUGGUACCGAUACAGACGAAUCCAAGGGCACCCUUCGCUUCCCUGUGGACGGUCGUAUCUCUUUUGAUCGUGUCCAAUUCUCUUACCCUGCUCGCCCCGAUACCCUUGUGCUCAAAGAUAUCUCGUUCCAAGUUGACCAGGGCGAAUGCGUCGCCAUCGUUGUACGAACCACCGGCGGAUCCAUUCGCAUCAAUAAACACCCUAUCUCCGAUGCUGAUGUGCGCUAUCUCCGCGAACAUAUCGGAGUCGUUAGCCAACACCCCGCUUUAUUCGAUGCCAGUGUCACAGAGAAUAUUAUGUUUGGCUCCACCCGCACCACGUUUGAAGAGGUUCAGAAUGCCGCCAAGGCAGCGCAAAUGCACGAUUGGAUUAUGAGCCAGGAGCGAGGAUACGAUACCACACUUGGUGAGGGUGCUGCACUCAUUUCGGGUGGACAAGCCCAAAGGCUACAGAUCGCGCGCGCAUUGGUUCGUCAGUCGAAUAUCUUGAUUAUGGAUGAAGCAACCAGUGCGCUGGACCCAGCGAACCAGGAUGCCAUUAUGGAUACAGUCAUGGCUAUCAAGCAGGACCGGAUCACCCUCAUCGUGACGCACAAACUCGCGGUGAUGCAGCGCUGUGACGAAUUCUGGUCGUUCAGGAUGGAGUGA